AUGCAGUCGAGCCGUAAUCUUAUCUGCGCCGACGAGAGACUUCGACCGCCCACACAACAGAAAUGGGCUGGAUUUGAUGGUUGUGUGCGCUAUCAGCAGAAUGAGUGGCCAUAAAAGCACCAGAUUAGCUUUUAACGGUUCCGUUUCGGCCUGGGAUUUUGGCCGCCGUGCGAUUAGGAAGCGCGUUUAGUAGCCAUCCAGCUGCCACGAAGCAAGCGACUACCCAGAAAUGGCCGAUCUGCGUCCCCUGAGCGUCGAGCUUCGACGCAUUGCCGAAACGGAACUCAACGAGGUGGAGGAGCGAUUGCCAGCGGAUCUGAAAGCUCUGCGGGAUUGGUUGGCCAAGCAACCCCAUCUGAAGGUCCGCCAGGAUGACCAGUUCCUGGUCGGCUUCUUGCGUGGCUGCAAGUUCAGCCUGGAGAAGACCAAGUCCAAGCUGGAUCACUUUUACACUAUCAAGACGCUGAUGCCUGAGCUCUUUGGCAAAAUAUUGGUGGACGAAAAGAGCCUAAUCUUGUGUCGAUCUGGAACCUAUGUUCGAUUGCCCAAACCCUGGGGAGUCGAUGGACCCCGCCUGCAGCUUACGAACUAUGAGAAAUUCGAUCCGAAGCAGUUCAAGUUAUUGGAUCUCUUCCGCUACCAAACCAUGUUAUCGGAACAGUCAAUCCGUGAGGAUGACCACAGCAACAUCAGCGGCUACGUCGAGAUCAUUGACAUGGCCAAAUUGAGCCUCAGUUUUCUGGCCCAACUGGAUUUCACGCUCAUCAAAAGGAUGGGCAUAUUCGCAGAGAAGGCACAGCCCACUCGCCUGAAGGGAGUCCACCUGAUCAAUUGCCCCAAGGAGGGAGUGGCGUUACUGAAUCUGGCCAAGAGCCUCAUGCCCAGCAAGCUCCAGCAGCGGUUUCACGUGUACAAAAAUCUGGAGCAAUUAAAUGAGGUGAUACCACGCGAAUACCUGCCGGAAGAAUAUGGCGGCACCAAUGGACGUAUAGCCGACAUUCAGGCGGAGGCGGAGAAGCAAUUGCUGUCCUAUAGGAGCUACUUUGCAGAGGAUGCCCAGUACGGAGUGGAUGAGCAUCUGCGACCUGGAAAGCGUGUUAGUGCGGAUUCCAUUUUCGGUGCUGAGGGAUCCUUCCGAAAACUCGACAUCGAUUAAACCCGUAACAUGUUUCACUUAGUAUUUGAAGAAAUAUGAAAACGGAAAAUACCUCAAUAAAAAUCAAAAACAAUCCUCCAAAAGGCUAACUGGAGUUUAUGAGAAUCGCCGAGAGUGACGCGACAUAUGGCCAAAUCGCAGG